AUGUUUCAUAGUCAGUCCUUUCCGAGAAACCCUUGUAAUGUUUUGGCUCUUGUCUCGGGAGAGCUUAGCGAUAACCACAAAGCUCAACCCAGUUACCCUUUUCCGGAUCUCUCGUCUUCAGGGCGAAUCAAGUUUCAGGUAUUGAAUAAUCCUACUUCCGAGGAGUUCCAGGUUGCGUUUAACUCUUCAGCUCCAGAUAUUGUCUACUUGCAAGGGGAGCAGAGUGGAGAUAGUGAUGAAGUUGGUCCAUUAGUGUUUGGUUGUACUGAUUUUUCUACUCCUGAUGCCUUGCUCACUCUCUUUGGUUCCGCAAUACCAACAGCGGUCUACCUUGAGCUCCCCAAUGGUGAAGAUUUAGCUCAAGCACUCUACUCUAAGGGGGUUCAGUAUGUUAUUUAUUGGAAAAAUGUGUUCUCGAAAUACACAGCCUGCCAUUUCCGCCAUGCUCUGUUUUCAGUCAUACAGAGUUCGUGCAGCGAUGCAUGGGAUGCGUUCCAGGUUGCAGAAGCAUCUUUUCGACUUUAUUGUACGAGUAACAGUGCCAUCCUUUCAUUUGACAACAAUCGUAAAAUGAGUUAUGAGAUGGGACCCUACUUGCUUGGAGACCCUCCAAAGAUUGAUGUAGUUUCACCGGGAGCCGAUGAACUUGAAGAGGAAAAUUCAUUAGAGAGCCUCCCAUCAAUAAAGAUAUAUGAUGAAGAUGUAACCGUAAAGUUUCUUUUGUGUGGGCCACAAUGCAGACUGGAUACACUUUUACUAGAAUCGUUAGUGGAUGGACUCAAUGCUCUCUUGAGAAUAGAAAUGCGAGGAAGUAAGCUCCAUAACCGUUCUAGUGCUCCAGCACCUCCUCUUCAAGCAGGAACAUUUACUCGUGGUGUAGUCACCAUGCGUUGUGAUAUAUCGACCUGUUCUUCAGCUCACAUAUCGAUGCUGGUGUCUGGAAACGCGCAGACCUGUUUCAGUGAUCAGCUUCUGGAAAAUCACAUAAAACACGAGGUGGUUGAGAAGAUCCAACUAGUCCAUUCAGUGGUGAACUCAGAUGAAACAAAAAGGGUUUUCUCUGAGCCUAGGAGAUCUGCCUCCAUAGCUUGUGGGACAAGCGUGUGUGAAGUUUCGAUGCAAGUCCCAACAUGGGCUCUGCAGGUUUUAAGACAGCUGGCGCCAGAUGUGUCAUACCGCAGUUUGGUUGUCCUUGGAGUAGCCAGCAUUCAGGGUUUGUCUGUUGCUUCCUUUGGAAAAGAUGAUGCACAACGUCUACUUUUCUUCUUCGGACAAGAGAUUGAUGAUACUUCAAGUUAUGAUUUACUUCUGUCCAAAGUUCCUCACUGGCUAACGCCUCCUCUGCCAACCAGGAAAAGAUCCGAGCCAUGCAGAGAAAGUAAGGAAAACGGUGAACCUACAAGGAAGAAAAUCAACAUGGCUGCUCUGAGACCAAUACCUCACACCCGUCGACAUAAGAUGAUACCUUUCUCUGGUUAUUCUGAAAUUGGAAGAUUUGAUGGUGACCACACCAAAGGAAGCUUGCCGAUGCCUCAAAAGCAUGGUGCAUCAGGAGGCACUCCGGUAACUCACCGUAAAGCUUUUUCUGGUUCGUACCAGAGGAAACAAAUCAUCUCACUAAACCCUCUGCCCCUCAAGAAACACGACUGUGGAAGAGCGCAUAUUCAGAUUUGCUCAGAGGAUGAAUUUCUGAGGGAUGUGAUGCAGUUUCUGAUAAUACGAGGACAUAGCCGGCUUGUUCCUCCAGGGGGACUAGCGGAGUUUCCGGAUGCUGUUCUCAACUCAAAACGGCUUGAUCUGUUUAACUUGUACCGAGAGGUAGUUGUAUCACGUGGAGGGUUCCACGUAGGGAAUGGGAUCAACUGGAAAGGACAAGUUUUCUCAAAGAUGCGGAACCACACUCUCACUAACAGAAUGACUGAUUAUGCGAAAACGGAUGGGUUGGAAUAUGUGUGCCAAAACUGUAGCGUCUCGAAUUACAGGAAGAAGCCUCAGAAGACCUCUAAUGGCUUGCUUGUCCCUUAA